AGGUAUAUAUAAAUAACAAUGCUGCUUUUCGAAAUCCGAAAUUCCCUUUUCUCGUUGUUUAUCUUCGAGAAAGUUCCUUUCUUGCUUUGUUCUUUCGUUUGGUUGUCGUUUUGCUUUCAUGCUUUUUGUGCAUUUUCGUCUCUGUUUUCGAGACUCGCCGGCGCCGGAGAUGGCGACCGCUCUGGUCUGCUAAAUCUCGGGUUGAAGCCGGAAAGUUGCUUUGCUGUUUGGCUACAUUUUGGUAUUUCUUCUUUUUAUAUUAGGCGAAUGAUCGAAAAACCGAGAAAUUUUCAGGUGAGAAGCGAGGAAGAAGGGUUUGAUGGGUCGUGGCACUCCGGCAUUGUCAUUGCAUGCCACGAGAAAGGGCACCGUCACGUCCAAUACGAUCACCUUCUCGCCGAGGGCGGGUCCGGAAACCUAGUCGACGUCGUUAGAGUGUCGGCGACUCUCGACGGCAUCGUUUCCGGCAAUCGGAGCUACUCCUCGUACGGCCACCGCGGAAACAUAAGGCCGUCACCGCCGCCGGCGAUUCGGUUGCAGAAUUGGGGGCUUUCCUACGGUAUGUGCGUGGAUGCGUUGUACAAGGACGCGUGGUGGGAGGGCGUGAUCUUCGAUCACGACGACGGGUCGCCGGAGAGGAUGAUUUUCUUCCCGGCUUUGGGCGAUGAGAUGAGGUUGGGAAUUGAUAAUUUGAGGAUCACUCAGGAUUGGGAUGAGCUGACUGAGAAUUGGACUCGGCGUGGGAAGUGGGUGUUGCUUGAGUCCAUUGAGGAAUUCGAGAAAAAUUGUCUCCUUCCUGUCUCUGUUAAGCAACUGUGGUAUGAUAUGAGGGAAAAGAAGAGUUUUAAGAAGGUGAAGGACUGGACUUGUAAGGAAAAUCAUUUGUGGGAGAGGAUGGUUUUAGAGGUUGUUGAUGAGUACUUGAGAUUUUCAGCGAAAGAACUGUCUCGGAGAUUAGCAGAAAUCCAGGAAGAAUUGAUUGAUUCUGAUGAUUUUGUACUUGUUGAUGAAACAUGGAAUAGGGAUAUGGUGAUUGAUCAUGGGACUAUUAAGAAAGAUGCUUUGGAAUCAGCUCGGCCCAGUUUGGACGUUCAUAUUGAUUGUGAAGCAGAAAUGAUCAAUUCUAAAGCUGUUGUACUCUUUGACAAUGAGAUGGGAAGUGGAAGAGUGAGUCAUAAUGGAGUGAUUGCGAAGAAUGUAGGCGAAUUUAGUGGUGGAAUUACUGAUGAAUCACUUGGCAUCAGUCAAAGUGAUGCUUUUCUGGAACCUGGUAUGGAUCAAUUAGCUUCUGUAGUGAACUGCGAUGCAUCAACUGAGAAUCUGUUGUCCGACUCAACCGUAUCUCACCACAAAGAAGCAUUAUGUGUGCACCCUCAGGUUUUGCCAAUGUUGCCAUCUAACCAUGAUGGGAGUUCUGGAGCCAGCUCAGUUAACCGUGGUGGGAAGGACAUUUUAAGCAAUAGUUCUGUUGAGAACAAUAAGGAGUCUAAACGUCCAGUUUGUGAGAAUAAAGAAAAGUGGCGGCCUUUUAGCUUGCUUCUUGGAGCAGAGUUUUUCCCCAAUGCUGUUGAUGAAUAUUGUGCCAAUCCUAGUAGUGGGAAACGUAGGAAGUCUUGUAGUUCUAUGAGGACAGAUUUUUGGAAGCAUCUUUUAGAUCUGGGUUGGAAAAUUGACCACUCAUGUGAAAAUGGAAUACUUAGAAAACGUUAUACAUCACCAGAUAGAAAAUGUUUCUAUUCUCUGCCUCAAGUCUACAGGCACUUAAAGGAAUCUGCCGGAGAUAUGCUUUCUUCAGGGUCUGAAGAUGAUCCGAAAAGAUUGAAUGCGUUGUCUACCAUGUCUCUACCUCUUGAACAACCACAACAGAGUCAAAAUCCUGAUUGUUGUCCUCAGACUGCGGUGUUCCCUUCUUUGACUGAAGACGCCAAUCCUGACCAUUUCUCUCACCCAGUUAUGGUUUAUUUGUGGCAUGGACGUGAAAAAGGUUGCAAAAAAUUAGCAGACAUGAGAUCAGAAGCAAAAAAGCAACUCUGUGCUGCGGGAUGGGAAAUCAGAGUGAAACAUUACCCGAGACGUGGACGAAAGAUGGUGCAGUAUAAGUCACCAACAGGAAAGACCUAUGGGUCCAUUAUGGCUGCUUGCAAAGGUUAUUUGAAAGAUGAAAGGUACAAGAGUCCUGUUUCUUCAUAUGGACGUGCCAAAUGCAUUAAUUUUGGUGGAGAAACUGAGGUCUUUUCUACUAGCAAUAUGUUAUCAUUCACGGGAAAUGGCUUGCACUUUCAGGAAGAUAUGGUUCAACCAGACACUCUGUCCAUAAAGUUAUCCAGAGAGUCUUCUAGUGUUGCAAAGUCGAGUAAAUUUACUGAGCUUGAAAAAGUAAAGGUCCAAGGGGUCAGAAGAAAACGAAAAAAGAGAAAUGGUAAUUUACUAAAUGAUGCAGAUCGUGUAUUUCAAACACAGAUCAACUUACAUGAAAGAAGACAUAGGUUGAGAAAUGAUUCAAAGAAAGAUGGAAAACCAAGUCACCCAAAGAAUCAAAAUUCCUCUCUCCUGAAGGUAAAGAAAAGGAAGAAGUCACAGGCAUUCAUCAGCUCAAGAUAUGGUAAGGAUCAUACUCGUCCAAAGCGUGUAUUAAGGUCAAGCAAACUUGUGCAAGAAGUGGUUAUUCCGGAUUCGUCUCACCACAAUCCGCGGAGUAUACUUUCUUGGUUGAUAGACAACAACAAAGUGUUACCAAGAGCGAAAGUACAUUAUCGUAUUGGAACGGACCCACCUUCUAAAGAAGGGAGAAUAACUCGUUAUGGGAUCAAGUGCGGCUGCUGUCGGAAGGGGUUUGGUCUUAGUAGCUUUGAAGUUCAUGCCGGUAGCAGCUGCCGUACACCUUCUGCUAAUAUAGUUUUGGAAGGUGACGUUCCAAAGUCUCUCUUAGCAUGCCAGAGGGAAAUUAUAUGCGAAAGUAAGAUGCAAAGCUUGACAAUAGAAUCAUGUGAGGCAGUGAAGAGCAAUUGGUGCCGAGGUGAGAACGACUACAUUUGUUCUGUGUGCCACUAUGGCGGCGAAUUGCUGCUAUGCGAUCAAUGUCCAUCAUCAUUUCACAAGAGUUGUCUCGGUCUAGAGGAUAUUCCAGAUGGAGACUGGUUCUGCCCUUGUUGCUGCUGUGGGAUUUGUGGUGAGAACAAAUUUCAGGAGGAGAAGGAGCAAACUAAGGAGGGAAGUGUUCUCACCUGCAGUCAAUGCGAGCGUAAUUAUCAUGUCGGGUGCUUGAGGAAUAGACUGCCAUCUCAACUGGAAAGUCAUCCCAUGAAAAAAUGGUUUUGCACUGAAAUGUGUGAAAAGAUUUUUUUCAACCUUCAAGAGCUUCUUGGAAAAUCGAUCAACGUCGGUGAGGAGUUUGGGGAAAAGCUAACUUGGUCGUUACUGAAGUCCCCGAAGGCUGAUAGUAGCUGUGCUAACUCUAAUGAUAUUGAUGCGUGGAUGAAAUUGAGCGAGCUAAAUGUUGCUCUUGGUGUGAUGCACGAGUGUUUUGAGCCGGUUAAGGAGUCUCGUACAAACCGAGAUCUCAUGGAAGAUAUUUUAUUCAAUAGAAGGUCAGAUCUUAAACGUCUGGACUUCCAAGGAUUCUAUACAGUACUCUUAUCAAGACAUGAUGAAUUGAUUUCUGUUGCCACUGUGAGGGUCUAUGGACAGGUGGCGGAAGUUCCUCUUGUUGGUACACGACUUCAAUACCGUCGACGUGGAAUGUGUCGCAUAUUGAUGAAUGAACUUGAAAAGACGCUUAUGGGAUUAGGAGUUGAGAGGUUGAUUUUGCCUGCCAUUCCUAGCGUGCUAAACACAUGGACUACUUCAUUUGGGUUUUCACAAAUGACUGCUUCUGAGAGGUUACAGUUUUUGGAUUAUACUUUCCUGGAUUUCCAGGAUACUAUCAUGUGCCAGAAACGAUUGAAAGUCCCUUCAGCUGAGUUAAUAAGCCCAUUUAGAGGAGCAGGGCCUAAGUUUCAUGAUGACGUCUGUGAAGAUGGAGAUAGCCCUGAUUUUGAUAGAUCUAGUGCCGUCUCUGAAGUAUAUCAAGCAGACCAAAUCGAAGAUGGUCGAGUCACAGACCAAGUACAACUGGAGAUUUCUGCAGUACACAAUGGUGAUAGUAUGCUUGUGUUGGUGGAGCAAACACAGAACAGCCUUGAAGAAAGCAGACCGUGUAUUAUUGAAACUCAAAGCAUUCAAGAGUACCCCACAAGAGAUGCCAAUUUGAAGAGGCCGUAUUAUAAUAUUAAUUUCUUCAACAAGUGUUACCAGCGAAGAAAGAAAUCAGCCAGGGAGAAUUACGUUAACGUUUGUUAGCAUAAACCAACGAACCAAACGUGAUCAGCACCAUAUCAUUUUGUAUGAGGACGAGGCUAAAAUGUUUUGUUAGUACAGUUAUUCGCUAGCAGUUUGCGUCUGUUACA